AUGGCAGAGCCGCUGUCGGACGACGUCUAUCUUCCACCGCUCCAGCCGUGCCUGAAUGGCGAGCAAGUCGUUCUCUCGUGGAAGCUUGUCGCUUCAGCUCUGGUCGAUACUACCGGCCACCGACAGUCGAGUCGCGCCAUCGUCAGAUUCCUCACGGACCCCUACAUCCUCUCUCUCUUUACCAAGCCUGGCUCGGCUUUCGACUCCACGUCGCAAAAUGCCGUCUUUGUCAAGAAGACUGCCGCCAUCCAAGUGCCCCCAACCCCCAACAGCCGGUACGACAUCGACACGAUAAAGGAGGAUGCGCUCUGGCUCAGCAAAAAUGCCAAGAUCAACGAGGUCGCUGCUCUGCGCAUCGUCGUCGUUGAAUUCCAGCAGCGUCCAAGAAGCCAGCUCACCGGCCCUCUGUCGACGCAGGAUGUCGCAAACCUUCAAGAAGCAUUAGGUGCCCAGCCUUCGAAUGUGCUUCCAGGGUUCGCUGUGUCCAGCACUCUGGGCGCGACAGAGAUUCAAUCAAUCUUCGAGAAGCCCGACAACAGACGACUGCGCAUAUACGACACAUAUCUCAGCGAACGGCGAUACUAUGCCGCGGUCAAUGAUUAUCUCCUGACGCUGAUGCUUCAGCAACGAUUACCAACGUCGAUUGAGACGCCUUCGUCCACGAUAUUGCGGAGGAGCUUGUUGGAGGCCCACGGAAUGGCUCCCAAGUCUUCGUUGAAAGGCACAGCUGAUACGCCCACGAAACCCUAUCAUGCUUUGGCGCUGCGAUACAUCAACUUGCUGCCCGAUAUCGCCAGCCUUGUUGAUACACCAGCCAACAGAAUCAUUGACGACAAGCUGCUUUGGUCAGAUGACGUAUCGAUACAACGGAUUAGCGUCACCUUGGCUGAAGCCCUGCACCGCAUGGUUGUCAUCUUCCAACUGCUAGACCUAUCCAGCGAGAUCCUGGUGCCCGCAGAGCUUGCUCAGGCUUGGUUUUCGAGCCUCAGGCAGUUUAGCGUCCUGGAUCAAGUGAAUGGUCUUGCUGAUGCAAUCACUGAUCUGAUAUUGCCACUGCAAUGCCUCCUUGCUGCCAUCUCUGUGGCAAUCCUGAAUCUCCCAAGAAUGUCGGCCGCAUUCGAAGGCGACGCGGACAUCCUCGUUGACCAGGAAUUCAUCGGCUCGUCCAACGCGCUUGGCGACGCGCAUGAUGCCAUCCUUGCCUGUGCUGGGCAGCCAGGGUCACUUCAUAUUGCACCAGUAUUGUUCGCUUGGGUGGCAAUACUGCACAAAAUGUUUUCGUCCUACCAAGAGCGGGUCGAGAAACGGGAUGCGAUCCAGAACCAGAAGGCCGUUGAGAACUACGAUUCGAACACACAGAUGAUACCCAGUGGUGGCCGCAGAAACUCGGCAGGCAGCAUCACAACGAUCGACAAACGAAGUUACGAUGACUUCCUCGCUGGUCAUAGGCUUGACCGCGAUUCUAACGAGCUGCAGAACCUCGCAGCCGUCGCAAUCGAUGGAAUGGGAGUCUUUGGCGUCAUCUCGGCUAUGUCCUCGCACCUUAGCGUGCGAAGGUCGACCAUACUUCCGGUGUCUGUAGGCGCCCGGAUUCGAGCAGUCUUCAUGGAGUUGUUGAAGAGAACGUACGACUAUGUCGGUUACCAGUCAGACUCGGUCGAAGCCGCUAUUAGUGUGCUCUCAGGCGGCUCUGGUUACUGGGACCUUCUGGAACCAGGUAGCGUGCUGCCGCAGCAAGAUGUCGCCCGGUUAGCCCUUGCUGAUGACGAAUUUCUCGGCCAAUACUUCUUCCCCGCUCUGGGGCGGUUUCCAUAUGAAUUCACGCCGUUUCUCAGCUUCUCGCGGGCCUUGUUCUCUUUACCCUCGUCAGGCGCCGACCCGAGAUUUGAGGAGCUUACAAAAUUGUUGUUCAAAACGCCAACGAUCACUUUUACGCUCCCGCCUUCUUUCGUCGACUAUCAACUUGCCAAUGAGGACGAAAACACCAACUCGCUGGAGUUCCUGGAUGACUUGCCUCUUUUCACUCCAAAUGUGAACCGCAAACUCAUUGGCAAUGGUGAAGAGCUGUUCAUCAUCCCCGCUGGAACUUUUGGAUGCUUCGUCGUGGACGAAGGCCGCAUCGUGCGCAUGAACUACGAGCACUCGACUCUAGCCUUACUGGCGAAAAGGCUGGAGGCGAAGUCAAAUGCUUCAUACAAGGCAGUGUUGGCCAACCUAGAUCUUGGCGAGAUCGCCGAGGUCAUUUCAUUCUUUGCCACAUUCAUCAGAAGUGCUGUGCUGAAGGCCGAUCCCCAGGCUGAGCGCUUUGACGAAGCGCUCCACAUCCUCGACGAGGCUGGUCAGGCGCUUCCGCACAACAAAGAUCUGAUCUCCAUCGUUUGGAACAUGAUGGACACUUAUUUGGAAGAUGAACCUACGCCUGAGACUGUUGCCAUCAUUGCAGCUAGCGUCCAGUUCACUCACGCAGUCCUGCCACUCUGCCCAGGCCGUACGUGGUCUUACAUGGCCAAAUGCCAGCUGUUGAGCAAUGAGUCUCGUGGCGGGCGGCUUUCGCGUCUCGUCGGGAACCUGGACCUGUCAGACGCUCAAUUCGAGCUGCUGACCUCUGCUACACGACUGUUUAGCAGCCUCUCGGAUGUGGCCAUGACAAGCUCGGUUCGCCGGAAAACAAUACCGAAGUCAAAGCCCCGCCAGAAAUCCAGUGAAGAUGUUUGGAUCGGAGUGUCCGACAGGAUUAUCGAACAGGUCUCUGUGGCCAUUGCGCAAGCUACUGUCGACAUCCUGGAAAGCUCUUCAACCUGGAGAUUCCCCACUGAAAUGGGCCGAUCUGAGCUGCUGGCUGAUCUCGUCCCCAUCAUGAACAAAUCUGUUCUAUAUACGUUCAGCAUGGGCGAUGUGGCUAGCAAGAAAACAACCACGGCAGCUCUGGUAAAGUCAGCUCGGUACAUCAUCGACAGCUUCUUGACCCCUUCGGCAGGCAGUCUGAGACUGCAGCCACUGGUCGCGACGCUGGUGGGGGCAUCUUCGACGGCACAAGGUACCAUCCAUCUCAGUCGCACCGAGGUUUAUCAGAAACAGACGUCCGCGGUUCUGGAGCUCAUGACGAAUCUCGUCCGCGUCUCGAACUACUUCGAUCGUGCCUCCACGAUCGAGAGCCAGUUGUUCAAUUUGACACCGCUCGUGGCGAGAGUCUGCGCGGUCCAUGACAGAUUCCGUCAGCAAGCCAUUGCCCUUCUUGAAUCUCUGGUGGUCAGCGCUGGCAAAUCUUCCGGAGAGCCACCCUCAUUGCUAGGUUAUCUUGGGCCACACACUUCCAAGGCAUUUCUUCAACUCCUAGCGGAGCUCGACCGACCUUUUGACCAAGUGGAGGAGGUGCAACCCAUCUGGCAAUUCUUCUCCACAAUCAUCCGAAAUAGACAGCCCUGGAUGGCCAAUUGCUUGCUUACAGGCAAGACCCCCAGAGAGGCCCGCAAUGGAGAUGGAAAGUCAAUGAAUCAGAGCUCUUGGUCUGUUCUUAAUUCGGCACUGAAACGGCUCACCAUGGUGUCCAAGAUUGACAACAAGGAGGCCCUCGCGAUACUCGACUUCAUCACAUCUGCGCAGAACUUCUGGCCGCGCACGAUCUUUACCUUACAGGAGAAUAAUGACUUCCUGUCAGCGCUGCGUCAAUAUGUCCAUGACUUGAAGCCGUCGGUUCUGGUCUCGAAAACAAACACACUGCAGGCAUGCAACGAGGCCCGGAUUGCUGCCUAUGCUGCGGAAAUCUUCGCCAUGCAACUCUUCCAUUUGCGCCAGCUCGGGGGCGCAGAAAAGUUUGCCGCCCAACUGACUAACGACCUGGAUUACUAUCUGAGAGAUGGCGUCGCGGUGUCGGGGUACAAUAGGUCUCUGCAAGCGACGUUUGCCAAGAACUUCAACAUCCAAUACCCCGGAACCACGCUCGAAAGCUUCAAACGUACUAUGCUUGAACCACGUCGCUUGGGCGACAGCUUCUACUAUGCCACCGAGUUUGCCGAUAGUAUGCUCAAGUUUGAUCCUGGCUGGGUCGGACCACGCAACAAUGGAUUUAGAAGUGAGAUGAUCAAAGCCAACUUAAACCUGUCUCUGGUUGACGCUCAAAUCUCUCUAUACCACGCAUGGGAAUUCUUACUACUUGAGCUGAGCACUUGCUUGCCCGGUAACAACACGCUGAAGAAGCAGUCUCUUCAAGUCGCAGAGCAGUGCCUGGAGGCGAACAUGGAAAACCAGAGCCACGAUGGACUUUUUGAGCAACUGGCUGAAUCACGUGUCAAUCUUGCGUUGAUGCUGGUGCAGCGAGUUGUUGACACUGCUCCAUCGGCCGGCGAUGUUGCGCAGCUUCUCACGACGCUCUGGGGCACGAUAAGCAGCGUGGAAGAGCCGUACGCCCGCGACAACAUCACUUCCUAUCGUACGUUGCUGAAGCUGCUCUACGUCACUCUACGAGCACAAGUGAACUCGAUCUUGAAAGCAGAUCUGCAGUCCUCGACGAACGGCAAAGUGAAAGCAAACGCAACAGCCACGAUGAUUGUCCAAACCAUUCUGAGCAUCAUCGAUAACGUUGUCGCCAAGGGUUUCAGAACGCUGGUUACCUUUAUUCAUGACUCCGACACCUCGAUACUACCUGACGACGUUGCGCUAUUGACGGCCAUUCUGCAGGCUUGCCUCUGUGUUCCCGGCGUCGAGCAAUCUCAGACUGAGAUUCUCAACAUUUUGGCUGCUCAUGAUGCCGUCCACGUUGCUGUCUCUCUGUACUCCUGGUCAGAUCGACUGGGCAAGGACGGGGAUCCAGUGUACGGAGAGCUGUCGUUGCUGUUUUUGCUUGAGCUCUCUGCGUUGCCCAGAGUUGCGGAGCAGCUUGCAUGUGAUGGGCUUCUCAACCACUUGACGUCUGCGAACAUGGCCAGCUACCUCCGUCGACCCAAUGUGUCGCCCUUUGCGGAUAGCAUUGGCCCGCAACGGUGCUACGGGAUGUGGGCCAAGGGCAUGGUGCCUCUUCUGCUGAAUCUGCUCACCUCACUCGGGGCUACCAUCGCUCCGGAGGUUGCAUAUGUUCUCAACCAGUUCCCGAACCUCAUGAAAGCGAGCGUUGAUCGUUUCGAGGUCCCAGUUGGAAAUCGCACUCAGGGGUCGAACAGCCCACAUGUCCAUAUCACGCUGAUUGGUGUCUCAGAGGUUCACUCUUUGGCAUUGAUGGCUCGCGUGCUCGGCAUAUACCGGGCUAACAACUCGAGGGACAUACCCGCCAUCGAGUGGGAUGCUGCAGGCGCUCAAGAGAACGUCGAGUUCUGGCUCAGCAGCCCUGCACUGCUGAAACAGAGGCUUGUAGCCCUGGGAACGAGAGAAGCGGAGUGGAAAUUGAUGCCACCCAGACGCCCGCCGCCGCCCGGCCCAGAAUCCGAAAAGUUCCCGGCAAACGUUCUAGAAGAAAAGGUCCUGAACCAGCUGAAAGGCAUCCAGCUUGUACUAUCAGAGGAGUUUGAAGAAUAG